UUUCCUAUAUAUAUUCCUUCAUGUUUUCUCAUUCUUUCAUCGAACACUUCUCAAAAAUUUCAUAAAACAAAAAUCUCAAAAAAAAAAAAAAAAAAAAAAGAAAUCUCCAAAAAAAAUGAGAAAUUUAUUCCCUAUAUUGAUGCUAAUUUCCAAUUUGGCACUCAACAACGAUAGUAGCAGGAGCAACAACAACAAUAACAACAAUCUUAUUCGCGCUACGUGUAGGGCGACCCCGAAUUACUCCCUAUGUGUCUCAACCCUACAAUCCGAUCCACGUAGCUACGAGGCGCAUGAUGACGACGAUGUCACCACUUUAGGCCUCGUAAUGGUGGACGCAGUGAAAUUAAAGACGAUAGAAAUAAUGAAAAAAGUAAAAGAGCUAGAGAUAUCGAACCCCGAGUGGCGGGCCCCACUUAGCCAAUGCUACGUGGCGUAUAACGCCGUUUUACGAGCCGAUGUAACGGUAGCCGUUGAUGCAUUAAAGAGAGGGGUCCCUAAAUUUGCUGAGCAUGGUAUGGCUGAUGUCGUAGUUGAGGCACAAACUUGUGAGUUUAGUUUUAAUUAUAAUAAUUUGGUUUCACCUAUUUCUAAUAUGAGUAGGGAUAUAAUUGAACUUUCAAAAGUGGCUAAAUCUAUAAUUAGAAUGUUAUUGUGAAAUAAAACUAUCGUCUGCAUGAAGCUCUCGCUAUGUAGUAUUCUGUUCAUGAAGCUCUCAGUUGCUGUGUGAACAACAGUUCGAUGCAGAAAAGCUUUUGUUGUAUAUGGACGAGAUCAAGAAGGAUAGUAUUAUAACUUUCUAAUCAACUUCCCUACGUAGUCUGUGUGACGCUCUCGCUAUGUAGUAUUCUGUGCAUGAAGCUCUCACUAUGUAGUAUUCUGUGCAUGAAACUCUCGCUAUGUAGUAUCCAGUACAUGAAGCUCAUCGCUAUAUGUAGUAUUCAGUGCAUGAAGUUGUCGCUGUGUAGUAUCAUGUGCAUGAAGCUCUCGAUCGCUAUGUGAACAAAGUCAAGAAUAUUGUUAUGACGGGUGAUAAAAAGGUUAAGCUACAGUUCGAUACAGAAAAACUUUCGUUAUAUGUAUAAAUUAUAUUGUGUUAUAACUUUCUAGUCGUUUUUCCUUUUUUUUUUCUUUCUUAUUUUGAUUCUAGUUUUUAUUUUGUUUUAUUGUGUGUGUGUUUUGUAUAUAUAAAAGGUUGAGAAUAUAUAUCAAACAUUAGACACAUGUAGAAAGUAAUGUUGAGUUAUAGUUAAGAUAGUUUGGCUAA